ACCAGAGAGAAAAUAAGAACAGGAACUAGUGCUGCAAAUUCCUCACAUUCUCUCGAGUCAGCAGUAGCAGGAGAUCAUUGAAGCUAUUUUUACUGACUUUAAUGGCAGCGACCCACUUCCCCUUUUUUCCAUUAAUCAAUCCCAGAAUUACAUUUUUGUCUUUUUUCUGAAAAGGAAAGGGAAGGGCCAUGGAAAAGAAGAAGGAAGAGAAACUCACUCAGAAGAAUCAGGAAAUAGAAUCACAUGAAUAUUUGAUGGGUCUUGUUGCUUAUGGAUGCACAUAAAAAGAUAAUCAAAUAUGGUAUUUGGACCGCUGAAUGCCAGAAACAAACCGGUGUGGAUCGUCUUAGAAAGAACUCCAAAGUUGGUAGCCCUCCACAUGACGCUGUAUCUUCGCAAGCUCAGCAAUACAUACCGACUCUUCAAUGGCCAUAUACGCCUCAGCCAUCCACUGUAGAACACACACUUAGUAGACAGUUGCUUAACACCCAACAAAACUCUCCAGCAAUCUUAAACCAAAGACAAGCCCCGUUGCUCAACCCCCAACAGCAGCAACCGAAUUCCAUCAACCAUCAUCACCAACACGGGCAAUUGCAAGUAACUCCAUCGCUUGGGGCCUAUUGGCUGCCUCCACGGCCUGGAUUCCAAGCAGCCUUAACUCCUUAUCAGCCCUUGGCUCCUGCAGGAACCACAGAUUCUAGUUGGCAAGCUCCGGUAGUAGUUGGGGCUUCAUCAGGAAGCGAAUCUAUUUCCACAUAUGGCUAUCAAGGUGGUUAUUAUCCAAUGGGAUUUCCAGGUCCUUGGUAUCCUCCAUCUUUGUGGGGGCAACCACAGCAACCACAGCCUCCAUAUUCUCUGCAUUAUCCAGCUUGCACUGGAGGAUAUGAUCACUUUGCAGUACCACCGCCAGCAUCAGAAAGUUUGUCAUUUGGACAACCACAUCAGAGAGGAAUUAUGCAGCUUCAAGCGAAACUUUCUCAGAAACACCAGCGGAUAUGGGAAGCACAAUCAGCUGAAAAUGUUCAUCUUCGAACUGCUCUUUGCCGCGUGGAAGCAGAACUGGCUACACACCGGAGUAAGCUACUAAAGCUGGAGGCUGAGGUUUCAUCCUUGAAAACACAGCGGGAUUCUGCAGCAGAGGGAUCCGCCAGGGCUGGUGCCAUUCCUGCUGUACAAACAUCAAAGAGAGGGAGACCAAAGAGACCCAUUGCUUCAGUCAGUUCAUUACCCUUUACUGAUGAUUUACAACCCAAAACUCGCGGAAGAAAGCCCGCAUCAUGUAAAGUUGAAACUGAGAUUAAGGGGUUGAUUCCUGAGAAAGAAAGCUUAAACAAGGAAGAAGAUAGAGCAAAAGCCUGUCAGCCAGUGCUUGGUAUUGGCCCGGCAUCUUUUCAAGGGGAAACUGAUGGAAAGAUCUCAAACACUUUUGUGAAUGGCUGCCCCUCCGAGCUCUGUGGAAGCAAGCUUAAGCUCUCUCCGGAUGUCCAAACCAUACCAACAUUUCAAAAUCAAGUGCAUUACAGUCCCAGAGUCCAAAUCAGUCCGGUCAGUCUCACUCCCGCUGUGGAAAUGAAAGGACAGGACGACAAGGAAGAAUGCCGGAAGACUGCCUUCUCCAUCCCAUCUCAGCAUAUCAAGGGAGCUGAUGCGGCGGGGACAAGUAAUGGGAACCAUGCGUGGCAAUCGAAUAUCUUAUCCGAGGAUAUCAGGUCGCAUGCUUUCUACGAUGGUGCCAAUAUCAUAAGACAAGGAGGGAAGUUGUUCAGUGGAUGGAGCUUCGUGAAUCAGGAUGCUUCGGAGGAGCCUGAGGAUGUGGUGGGGUCAGGGAAAGACGAUGAUGAGAUGGAAGAGGAUGUUAGUUCGGCAGCGGAUGAAAUGAGUCAGGCCAAAGCCGAGGGUGGCUUUGGAAUGGAUCCUUCAGCUGUCACCUCCAAUAGGUGGUAACGCAAUAUAAUACUCUACUAAAUAGGCAGGUUAGCAUUUUUUUUCUUGGCAGGUUAGCGAUUGUCAUAUAUCAAUUACAUCUACUUAGGAAAUCGUCUGCUUGCUUGGGUUAGCUUUCUUUUCUAACGAGAAGGAAGUUAGCCUGGGAUUUUGUAAGCUGCAGACUUGUUACACUGACACUUAAACUGAAAUUACAGAUAAAAAGAGACUAGUGUGGAAAUGGUGAUCAAUGCGAAUCUAGUUUUCAGAUUUUGUUUUCA